AUGGACCCGUCCGCAAGACGGGAUCCGGAGCUUGAGCAUUCCGCGGAGAGCGCGCCGCGGGAGCCUGCGCCUGCCGAGACUCGGCCACGACUUCCUGCGCAUCCCUCCGCAAGCGAGCCCGUUCACCGAUUCGAGCGGGUGCAGACUCUUCCCCAUCAGCCAGCCUCGCGCCUCUCCCCCCCUGAGUAUUCGUGGGCUCCUGCGCGUGUAGCGUCGAACCGUCCUGACGGUCAGCAGCCGCAGCAGCGCGGGCGCUCGCCUCAGCGUCAUCCCCAACGGCAGCCGUCUCCUCGUCGCCUAUCUCCCGCGCGUCGCGAACACUAUCAGCGCAGGGAGGGGGAUCCGCGCUCCCCUGAGCGUCCUCGCUCUCCUCGGCGCCCGUCUCCUCGUGGUCGAGCAGGCCAGCGCUCACCCCGAGCGCGAUCCCCCGCUCAACAAUCACCUCGGCGAGCUCCGGCGACGCGGGGGAAGGGGUCGCCUGGGCGUCGCUGGGAAUCAGGUCGUCGCGAGCCGUCCCCUCCGCGUCCGAAUUCGGGUGGUUCCGCUGGGCGGCGGGGCCGGCGGAAUGGCGGAGGGCGCGGCUCAUCUGGCCGCCAGCCGGAUCCUGCUCUUGAUCACGCUGCGAACACAUUCGUGGAUGUGGUGCGGCAGGCCCGGGCGAGCGGGGGGCCGACUCACGUUCACAUCGAGGUGACAAAUGGCCCUCCCUUUGCCGCGGAUCCCGGCCCGGUGGCCCCACUGCGCGCGCCGAUGUUGGCCGAGUAUCUGCCCGCGCGGGUGGGGAGACCCGACUAUCGCUCCCCUCGUCAGGUUCCUGGCUUCUCCGCUGGGUGCUUGACUGUUGGCCGCGUUCCUGGCUGGUCGGCGUCGUUUCCGCUCGAAGAGCAGACUGCACCUCACCCCAAUCCCGUGGGGAGAGACCCCAUGCUGACCAUGUGCCGGAUAUUGAAUCUGGCGGAGGCGUGCGAGGUGGUGGCGAACUUGCAGCUGGCAGUGUGUGGGGCCACCCGGAACUUUCCGAGCAGUUUCGGUCCAGGAUCCCGAGGAUCCUGCGUGACUUUGGCAGGAUCGCUCGAGUCGCCGUUGGCGCCCGUGUCGGAAGCGCCCGCCGGGGUAGCUCCCUUAGCCCGUACUUUCCCCCGCCACGUGGGGGAUCUUGUAGGGGCUGCUCAGGCCGGGACCCCCCUGGACGUGCUCCAGUCAUCGGCGCAUCUUCUUCUUGCGGUAUCGGCGUGUAUGCGCUCGAUGCUUGAGAUGGAGGGGGCGGAGCCGUACACGAUGCGGCUGGACAACAACGUGUUCUCAGGCGCCCUCCCUCCAACCAUUUGCACUCUCUCCAACCUCACCGUUCUUGCCUUCUCUCCCUUUCAUCCCUCUCCCUUUCAUCCCUCUUCUUUCACCCCUUGGCAACUACCUCUUUUCCAGGCGGCUGGACAACAACAUGCUCUCAGGCGCCCUACCGCCAACCAUGGGCCUUCUCUCCAACCUCACCGUUCUCUCUCAGGAGCUCUGCCAGCCACGCUCGGAAAGCCUCUCCCUGCUGUCUCUCACCCGUUUCUCCCUGCUUACUCAUAUCUUCCUGUGGCCCUCUCCCACCUCUGUUUCCCCUCCACCCCGCCCCUCUCUCCCAGAGAACUGCACUCCAACCAGCUCUCAGGAGCUCUGCCAGCCACGCUCGGAAAGCUCUCCCUGCUGAAAGCACUAACCAUCAACGCCACAGCCCAGCCCUGCCCCGCCUCCUCGUCCCUCUGCCUAGUCUCCCAGUCCGCCUCGUCCUCCUUCUGCCACCUCUGCCCCGAGUUCUGCUCCUCCUGCGAGCCCCUUGAGGAGAUGGCAGUAGAGAAUGAGGGGGAGAGUGGGAGCGAUGGCAACGGUGGUAGCGGUGGUGGGCUGAGCAUGGCUGCAAUCAUUGCGGUGGUGUGCGGUUUUCUGCUCCUGCUCACGGCUGUGCUUGUGGCGUUCCUCGUGUGGUGCUGCUGUCGCCCAGGCUCCAACCCUUUCAAGCACGUUAAAGUUGUUGACCAGGAGGAAUUCGAUGAUGCGGGUCUGAUCCCGUCGCUGUGCUGCCGCUACUCUCUGGUGGAGAUCCGCCGAGCCACGGGCAACUGGAGCGAGGAGAACCGCAUAGGCAGUGGGCAGCACAGCAACGUGUACAAGGGCACGUGCCCGUACAACCCCGCCAGCACGUGGGCUGUCAAGCGCUACAAGGAGCGCUCCACGCACUUCGAGAAGGAGGUGGAGCAGAUAGCAAGCAAGUGGCAUCCCACCUUGGCCCACCUGCUGGGCUACUGCGUGGACUCAGACACGCGAGUUUUGAGACGUCUCAAAAGUCGUCUGUUGGGCUACUGCGUAAACUCGGACGCGCGAGUGGAGGGCGGCAGGAUGGUGCAGGGGGAGAGCAGAGCAGACCAGCUCACUCACCCCUGUGUUUGCCCCCUCGUGCCCUGUCCACUACCCCCUCUCAAACCACACCAGGUGGAGCAGAUAGCAAGCAAGUGGAGGGCGGGAUGGUGCAGGUGGAGGAGCAGAGCAGAUCAGCUCACCCACCCCUGUGUUCGCCCCCUUCCAUGUACGCUGGUUGCCCAUCCAAUCACCCUCCCGAAUCACCAGGUGGAGCAAAUCGCAAGCAAGUGGCACCCGAAUCUCGCCCACCUGUUGGGCUACUGUGCGGACUCAAACACGCGCGUGGAGGGCGGCAGGAUGGUGCAGGUGGAGGAGCAGAUCGGCUCACCCCCUACUCCUGUGUUCGCUCUGCCUGUACCCUGCUUGCCUCCCAACCAGGUGGAGCAAAUCGCAAGCAAGUGGCACCCGAAUCUCGCGCACCUGCUGGGCUACUGUGUGGACUCGGACACGCGGGUGGAGGGCGGCAGGAUGGUGCAGGUGGAGGAGCAGAUCGCAGUGUAUGAAUACGUGCACCACGGGGACCUCAGCCGCUACCUCUAUCAAGCAGAAUCCUUCCGGGCGUCCUUUGCCCUCUUCGGAGUCAUCUUUCUCGAGCUACUGACAGGGCGGCCGCCGUUCAUCCAGGUGCAGGCGGAGCACGGGGAGGACCACGAGCACAUUGCAGACUGGGCGGGACCUUUAAUCGAUGAGGGCAAGACAGAGGAGCUCAAGGACCCGCAUCUGGACGUGCCCGAGUCGUCCUUCCUCUCUCUCGCCGAGCUCGCCAUUCGCUGCACCGCCAUGCCCUUCACCGACCGCCCGCCCAUGGGAGAGGUGUUGGCGACGCUCAAGGCCAUUCGGACCGACUUUUUCGGGCUCACGGACCCGGAUGAUGUUUAUGGGGGCGAGGGGAGUGGCGGUAUGGAGAGUGGGUUCGGUGGCGGUGAUGGCGAUGGUGAUGCUCGGCCGGAUUGGGGUGUUACGGUUAAUGGUGUGUGA